ACAUAACAAUCAUUUAUUAUUCAUUGUAAAGUUUUCACACCGGUUUACAUCUCUUACAACAACCACAUUGUCAGUGUGACUGUAACGUCGCUUAGACUUAGACUUGUCGUCGCUCUGCUCGGACUUUCCGUCGAUUCCUCUCUUGACUGAAUCCCUCUUCCCCUCCAUUAAUAACCUCCACACAAGUCAAUGUUACCAGUGAUUUGACGUCGAGCACAUGGCAAACGGUGUGCAGUCUUUUUUUGGGGCGACAAUUAUUGAAAAGUUCUCAUUGUCUAGUGACCUUAUGCCUUUCGUUGGUCAAUGGUACAGACAUUCUGAACCAUCCAUUGACAGUGUGUCCAACGAAUAAUCGCAGUUACAGACUGCACCGUCGUGGCCCAAUUCCCAAUGGUGUCCGCGCUACUACUGGUCUUCUCACAUCGCACAGCGACCACCAAACCGUUACCCUUCCCAUGCCACACCCCACCCACACGCAAGGCGCCACUCCCUAGACCACUGCCAAAUGCCUGCGGGAUACCCAUAGCGCCCAACCAGCAUGCCACCUCUCGGUUCCACCCAAGCGCCCUUUACCCAUGUCAGGCCCCAUCAUCGAUCGCCAUUUGGCAGCGGCUAGCACACUUUGCUUGGUGGUCUCUUGUUCGUCACCAAAUAUCUCCCGCACAAGGGCAGGGUUGGACCGGAUGAUGUAUGGCGACCUAUUAGAUGAAGGGAGAAGGUUAGUGAGAGGUAUCGGCAGCAACAGAAGGAUCCAGAAAUGAUGGACAAGCGCCCCAUUCAUUCAAGGGAAAGAUGCAGGGUAUAUUAGGGAGUGGGGGAUUUGGCUUCAGAGGGUUUCCAUUGAGUAUCCGCUCAUACUUGUCUUGUAAUUAUGGUAGAAUAUGACAAUUCAAGAUCUCUAUUAAAAUAUCAAAA